CCAGAAGCACUAUCACAGGAAGAGCAAGAAGGCUGUGCAAAUGAGGACAUCCAAGAAAAAAGAGGAGGUACGGGAGGGAUCCCAUGGUCACCCCUGGUUCAUUGCAACCCCUCCCAGACGGUGGGGGAGCCCUCGGCCACCAGCACGUGCUCUUCCCUGUCAGAGAAGGGGACCAGCCCGCCCGACUACCGCCACUAUCUGCGGAUGUGGGCCAAGGAGAAGGAGGCUCAGAAGGAGACGAUUAAGGAUCUGCCUAAAAUGAACCAGGAGCAGUUCAUCGAGCUGUGCAAGACCCUGUACAACAUGUUCAGCGAGGACCCCGCCGAGCAGGAGCUGUACCACGCCAUCGCCACGGUGGCCAGCCUCCUGCUCCGCAUCGGCGAGGUGGGCAAGAGGUUCUCGGGCCCGGCCGGCCGGAAGCCCCCCCGGGAGGGGCCCCGCGGCCAGGGCCUGGCGGGUGCCGGUGCCGGUGCCGCCGCGGAGGACGACGAGGAGCCGCCGCCGCCGCCGCCGCCGCCGCCGCCCGGGCCCCAGCCGGACUCCACGCCCGAGCGGCAGCCGCCCGCCGCGGGGGACCCCCAGGCCAAGGCCGGCGGGGACACCCACGGGGGCAAAGUGGCCCAGGAGAGCCAGCCGCUGGCCGAGCGGGGCCGGGGCGAGGGCCAGGGCUCGCCGUCCCAGCUCCCGUCCGACGACGAAGCCAAAGACGACCUGUCCAUGUCUUCCUACUCGGUGGUCAGCGCGGGCUCCCUGCAGUGCGAGGACCUGGCGGACGAGGACGCGGGGCCGCCGGGCGGGGAGGCCCGCAGCCCCGCCGCCGCCGCCGCGCCCCGCCCGCGCCCCGGGGGCGCCGUGGACGCCGACUGGUGCAUCUCCUUCGAGCAUUUCUGGUGUUUCGUGCUGACGGAGGCGGCGCUGGUCACCUUC